ACUCGACGCAGCCGAGCUCGUCCGUAGCUGCUGUCUGCUGCAGGCGUGCUAUUUGCGCCAGCGGAGAGAGAGAGAGCGAGAUCCCUGCGAAAUGCCUUUUUGUAUGGCCGGCCGCUGUUUUUGCUUUAGCUCGGUGUGUUUUCGCGAGGGUCCGAUCGCAGCGUUUUGUAGCCAUGAUCUGCGGUGGAUUCAGCGGGCUGUCCUAGCUGACUGAGCCGCUCAGCAGCGGUGGGUCCGGCGCAGUGUACACAGCCGGGGAUGAGGCCUACUUGUUAAACCCCCCCCACCCCUCCCCACCCCCUUCCCUCCUGCCACCACCACCAACACCAACACCAUCACCACCCCUCCGUCGCGAUGGCUGAUGAUCAACAACAACCGGGUCCGAAGCCUGCCUCGGGGUUAGGCUCUCUCCCAGCCCUGGUUCCGGGGCUCCAGGGGCCCGAGGCCAACGCGCUGCAGUUCAAAAUAAAGAACUCGAUCUGCAAAUCUGUACAAUCAAAAGUGGACGGCAUAUUGCAAGAUGUUGAGAAGUUUACAGACAUCGAAAAACUCUACCUCUACCUGAAGUUGCCUUCUGGUCCCAGCAAUGGCAAUGAUAAAAGGACUGAGAAUGAGAGGGGGUCCUCCACUCCUGGAUUAUGUGAUCAGAGUUCCAUGUCGUCAAGCCGCACGCAACAGAUGUAUGCAUUCAACUGGAUACGCAAUCACCUAGAAGAGCACCCGGAGACUUCCCUCCCAAAGCAAGAGGUGUAUGAUGAAUACAAGAGCUAUUGUGACAAUCUCGGCUACAAUCCCCUGAGUGCAGCCGACUUCGGAAAGAUCAUGAAGAAUGUUUUUCCUAACAUGAAGGCACGUCGACUGGGCAUGAGGGGCAAAUCCAAAUACUGUUAUAGCGGGUUAAGGAAGAAGGCUUUUGUUCACAUGCCAUCCUUACCCAACCUGGAUCUGCAGAAGUCUGGUGAUGGGUGCGAGCUGAUGGAGCCGACGGGCCAGUCCCCGAGUGCUGAGGACGAAAUGCGAUCUGCCGCCUGCGGACUGGUGUGCGAGUGGGCCCAAAAGGUCCUGAGCCGCCAGUUUGACCACGUGGAGGACCUGGCCCGCUUCCUGCUCAAUAGCCACUACAUUGGUACUAAGUCCAUGGCUGCGCUCACUGUUAUGACCGGAACACCUACAGGAAUGAAGACGCCAACCCCAGCGUCUGCGUUUGUGCCAACAGCUGAGGCAAACUCUUUCCAGCCCCAGGUGAAGACCCUGCCUUCUCCCUCUGUUGACGCCAAGCAGCAGCUGCAGCGCAAGAUCCAGAAGAAGCAGCAGGAGCAGAAGCUCCACUCGCCCCUGCCCAGCGAGGCCCAGGUCAAGAGAACGGAGGCCAGCACUCCCGGCCCCACGAUCCCCUGUGGCAGCCCCGCUCUGCUCUCCUCUCAGCCCACCAUAGGCAUCGUAGUAGCAGCUGUGCCCAGCCCAGUCACGGUGCAGCGAGGCCGGCAGUUGAUGACCUCGCCCAGCCCGGUGGGGACCUCCGAAGGGAAAGUGUUGCCCGUGAACUUCCAGGUGGUCACUCAGUCCGUGAAACAGUCCCCCAAACAUCCUCAGAACAUCUCCGCCAGUCCCGUGAGUGACCGGCUGGCGCGACACGGUACGCGCUACGCACAAAUUCUGCCCAAGCCCUCCGCCACCAGUGCCAUCACGCUGCGCUCGCCCUCCGCCCUGCUCAUCACCAACAGCCCCAUAAAAACUGUGAUGCCGACCCCCCACGUCAGCUCGGUUAACGUGGUGAAGAUGACGGCCAUCGCUCUGGCUCCCAGCAGCAGCGGCGGCACGAGCGUGCGUCCCGCCUCGGCGGGUGUGAACACCGUAGCUGCUCUGGACGACUCUCAGCACCCGCACGGCGGGACCUCGUUUGCCCCUCAGUCUCCUGCAAUCCGAACCGGCCCCCUGGUCUCCACCCACAUCCUGUCCUCCGACCUCAAAGUGGUGUCUGAAGCCGGAAAUGACAAUACCUUUGCUGCCGGGGCCAAAGAGGGAGGAAUGGCCAAGUUCCGGGCGGCCAGCGAGCCGAGCUUCCUGAUUAAGUGUUCUCCCGGACCCGACAGAGGGUCAAGGGUAAAAAGCGACCCUACGCCCCCUCCCGCCUCGGUAGCUGUAGCUGGAACUCUAGACAGCAAUAGCAUUAACUGCCAUGGCAGCACUUUGUACUUGACUGUUGAUAAUCAGAACUCCAUUGGCAACACAUCCUCCAAUGGCUCCUCUGCUCUUACCCCGACAUCGAAAGAUCCCUGCCUAGACGGCAAGAGCCCAAGAAAGCGCACAGGCCCCAGUGGGGAGGCCCACGUCAUUCCUGUGAAGAGGGUGUUCAUUUCCCAGCAGCCACUGGCUUUUAUCGAUAAUCCCAAACCUGCAGUCAGUGCUGCUCUGAAGAGGAUCCCCAGACCGGGAACCCCAGCCAGGCCCGAGAGUGCUCCCUGCAAAGCGACUGUGAAACACACCUCCGCAGGGCCCUCGCAGAUCCUUGCCCUCUCUGACUCGCCUAUCACACACAGCGAGGGCGCCCAGCCUGUUGUCAAACCCCAGGCCCUGCUGAUGAAACGCGAGGAUCAUUCUCUCGCCGCUGAUACAAGAGCAGCUGGAAACAACGCGCCGGAUCAGGCGUUGCUAAGGCAGAUCACCAGGGACUCUCUCACCAUACCAGCCAACUCAGGAGCACACGAAGCCUCUGUGAUGAGGGACUUGAAGAGCACAAUAUGGGAGGAGGGACAGCUCGACGAGCUUCGGAAGCAGGCGUUUGCGCAGCAGAUACCAGCAGAACCCAAACAAGCCCCUUCUGACCAACUUUCCAAUAUAGCUCAGCCCCCCGAGGCCUCAGGCCAGCUGAGCCUCGCGCAGGAGAUGGUUGACUUUGCCGGUUCUCAGCCCAACAUGGACUACUUCCCUUUCAACGACGACGACAUGACCCAGGACAGCAUCGUGGAGGAGCUGGUGCAAAUGGAGGAGCAGAUGAAGCUGAAGGGUCUGUUCGGGAGCUGUGUGGAUGUGUCCAUCCAAGGCCAGUCAGCCAGCAGUCAAGGCUCUAUCCUAAAUUCUCACCAGGCCGGCUCUACUUUCUUCCACUCUGCCCACAGCAGCACCACUCCUGUCCAAACUCCGACUCCCACGCCGACUCCGACUCCGACACCCACCCCCGAGAUGACGCUUGGUCACAGCAUGGCGCGAGAGAGCCCCUGUUCCCGCAUGGCUCCCAUCACCCCUGUUGACGGAGCCAUGGGUCGCCACACCCCCAUCAGCACGCCGCUGUCCAACUGCAGCAGCAGCGUUCCCCCGAGCCCGGUGGAGUGCAGGAACCCCUUCGCGUUCACGCCGAUCAACUCGAGCAUCACAGGGUAUCAUGAUGCCAGCAUUGUCUCCAGCAGCCCCGUUAAGCCCAUGCAAAGGCCGAUGGCGACGCACCCUGACAAGGCCAAGCUGGAGUGGAUCAACAACCGCUACAACAGCAACUCUGCAGGUCCUUUGCCAAACCAUAGCAUUGGCAUUCUGCCCAGCUACCAAGACCUGGUAGAUGACCAGUUUCGUAAGCCACAUGCCUUUGCGAUCCCAGGCCAGUCAUUUCAAGCUCAGUCGAGGCAGGAUCCUGCUCACUUUGGCCGGUUGACCCCCAUAUCCCCAGUGCAGCAGCAACAGCUGGUAACGAGUGUUAACACACCCACAAAACAGGAGAGUUUUGCUGUGCCUGCACCGUUAGACAGCAAGGCAUCAACCUCUUCUGCGUCCAGCACUUUCCGUUGCCGCAGUGUGAGUCCUGCAGUGCGCCAGAGGAACCCCAGUGACAACGCCCACCCUCUAACCACCACCAAUACCAACAUCAUCACCACCACCAUCCGAGCCGUGAUUUCCCCCUUUAACACCCCCAUCACCUCCGAGGUGCUCAGCAUCCCGUCCAACAGUCAGACGGUCAGCUCCGUGCACAGCAUGGUUCAGCGUAGCCAAUCUGUGCCCCUGAACAUCAUGAUGCAGAGUGAGAUGCUGCCCGUGCAGGGUCAGAGCAACACCGUCAAAAUCACCAACGUCCUUCUGAGCAAGAUGGAAGCUGAUGGCGAUGAUUCUGUCCGCGGCCUGGGCAUAAACAACCUCUCCUCCAACUACACGGCCCGUUUGAACCUCACACAGAUCCUGGAGACCACGCCUGGCUACGCCGGAGGAACCGCUCACCAGACUCAGCUGCCGGUCUGCUCCAGCCCCGCUGCCUUUGAGCUCCAGCAGCAUGGCUACCUGACCACAGGCGGUGGAGAACAGGGCAGUUUCUCCGCUGGGGAGGGCCAAGCACAAGCAGGUCCUGGUGACCAAGACCACCACCAUCAUCAUCAGCAGCAGCAGCAGCAGCAGCAGCUCCGUGAGAAUCCCGCGCAAACACAACCGCAGCUCCUCCUCCAGAGCACACAGCAGCCAGAGGCAGAGGACGAGCAGCAACAGCUGGAUUUCAACAACACUGUCAAGGACCUGCUGGGGGACGAUGGCCUCAAUCCCAGUUCCCAGUUGGUGGGUCAGGUAGCUUCAGAGCUCAACGCUGUGGCAUCUGACUUUUCCAACGACAUCAGACUGACCUCAGAUCUGUCCAGUAGCAUCACUGACCUUAACACGUUGGACACCAACCUGCUGUUUGAUCCCAAUCAACAGCAGGAACAAUACGAAGACUCCACACUGGAAGAGCUGAAGAACGACCCGCUGUUUCAGCAAAUAUGCAGUGAUACUGUGAACUCCUUUGACUGGCUAGAAAGCAAAGACCAGCCUACUACAGUAGAGAUGCUGGGCUAAAGUCAUCUUUUACUCUAUGGCUUCUGUUCUCUGUUGUUCGUUUGGUGCGUAUGUAGUUUUAUCUGUUUUUAAACUAUAGUUAGUUGGGAUUUGUCUGGACUUUGCCAUUCGUUUCUGUUAAAAGUGCCAAGCUUACCAGAAAAUCACUCCUACUGACGUUUAGUUACCUGUCUCCUUUUUCACUUGUCACCCAGAGAUUCAGUACUUAACCAUUUAUCUCCCUCAUCUGAAAUUAGAAAUGUAAGCAUUUCAAGGAAAAAGUGAGAGUUCUUGGUGGCAGCAUGCAAUUACAAACCAAGUUCAGCUUUGUACCGUGUGACCAGUAAAGGAAACAUAAGCUUCCUUGUUACAACCAGUCAAAAAUGCAAUAUUUGUAUUCAACGGACACUUAAUGAAAGAAUGAGAUGGACAGGAAAUUUGGCACAAACGACCAAGUGAAACGUAUGUUGUCGUUUACUAUUUUCAAUGUGUGCGGCUCAAGUUCUACCAAAUGAGACAAUAUUGAGAUUGUGGUAUAUGCACAUAAUAGUUGUAGUACAUUUGCCUGCCAUAUCUGAAUAUUGGAAAAAGGGUAGCAUCACAUGCUCCCAGGUGCUGAAUUUAACACAUAAUCUUUAUACUUUAUCAUUUACCGAACUGAUUCACAUCUGAGCAUUGACCAAGAGUGAAAUCUUCUCAAAGCCUGUACUUCUUGUACUGUUUGAUAUCUUAUAAAAGGAGUAGUUGAAUCAGUAGGGAGACGCUGGGAAUUCAGGCCCCUCAGGGGACGAUACAUCGAAAGGAAUCAACAACUGGUUGCCUUAUUCCCAAAGUACAAGGCCUUAUGCCAUCUAUAGAGAGACUGUAUAUAGUACAACGUUAAGACUCUUUAGAACCAUCUAGAGCUUCAUCAUAUCAAGGCAGCUGUUACUGUUUUUAGUACUUUUUUCUUAUUUUGGUUUUGCAGUGUUACAAUAUAGAUGCGUAUUGUAUAGGCUAAAAAGACUACACUGUGUGCCCUUAUCAGUAAUGGAUUAAGAGGUAUUUGAUAGGCUGUCCAUAAAACAUGGCAGGCACACUUUUAAGUCAGGAGAUUUGGUUUUUUUUUGGCAUGCUAUACUCCCAGCUUGGAUAAGAAUAUCAAUGGUAUGGAGAAGGCUUAGUUACGUAGAAAACUAGAGGCUGACAUUUAUGCUUUGAUGUCAUCUCGGGAUUAAAAGGAAAUGAAAUUGUUUGCGGAAAAUCCAGCCUUAUUUCCAUACCAAAGAUAAUCUGUUUAAAUAAAAUAAGAGAUUAUUACGCGUAGACAGUCCUGGUAGACAUUAACAGCAAAAAAAAAAAAGGCCGACCUCUGAGAUAUAAAAGUUUUAUUGCAUUCGAUGAAAAGGGUUGAGCUGCGUAAAUCUUAUGUACAGUAUGUAAAUUCGUGAAAAGGGUCACCGUCCUAUGUUUUAUAGGUCAUGGACCUGAGAGCAUGUCGAAACCACCAUGGUAGCCAGGUAGGCUAUGUGGUAAAGUAGGACGCUUGCUUGAGUUUUUGGCUAUUGUCAAUGUUGUAUAAGUCAUGUUUAAGCUCCAUCUGUAAAUAGGAUAGAUACAUAGAGAUUUGAUGUAUCAAGACACUAUAUUAUGGCCAUUAUUCUAGCUAAGUACGUGCCAUUUCAAAAGAAAAAAAAAGCUUAGAUCUAUAGUCGGCAAGAUACUGUAUGUUGUGUGUUACAUUUCUGCCUCAGUGUGUUGUAAAAGUAAUGCUGUCUGGUCUCGCUUGCUGAUUUUCUUUUGCUUUUUUUUAAUAUUCAAAAGUAAUAGGUCUCUGCUGUUGCAGAAGUGAUGUGUGCUUUGAGCAAGAUCAAUAGCAUGGUGUAUUGAGAAAAAACAAAGUUGUGAUACUGUUAGCUGGUUGCAAGCAUCUCUGUGACAGCCAUUGUGCUCAAAGCCUUUCAGCAGACACUGGAGAAAAAAAAACAAAUUAUUAUUUCAACAUACUUUGGAGGUUUACAUUAUUGCACUAAAUUUCUAUGACACAUUGCUUUGCCACACCCUUAUGGACAAACGUAAUGAUGGAUGCCCAGAAAAGAAAGAAAAAAAAAAACGUUUUUUAUGACGAGUAGGGAAAUUAACCGUCAGAAAAUGACUAAUUGUCUUGUAGCAAAAUGUGCAUUAAUCUCAGUGAGAUACACAUUUCUUACUCAUUCUCAUACAUGAGAAUAUAAAGCAUCGAGGAGGAGGGUGGAGUUAAAAACAACCUUUUGAAACCUACAUGCUCAAUAUGUUGCUAAACGAUUGUACGCACGCCUGUGUGAUGACUUCUGUUGUACUUUGGGUUCUUAACCACUGUCUUCUGUGAUUUGGGCAGGUUGUGUUAACCAGACUGGCAGUGCUAGUUUCAUGGGUUUGAUUCCUUUUGUUGUGUCCUGUUUACUAAGUUAACGUUGUUUUAUAUGUUCAUGAUGACUGUUUUCUGUUGGUUUCACAUUCUCCUAUUUUGCAAAAAAAAGAAAGCCUUUGUGAAGAAAUUUGAACAUUUUCUCGUGUUUUUAUUAAAUAAUAAGGCACUGAUAUGAAUUUGAAUGAAGGAAAUGCACCUCUUCAUGAGUACAGGAGCUCCACCAAACAGUGAUUUUGAUUCUUUACCUUUAACUGACCCAGAACCAACUCUGUUUGACUCUCUUGUCCAUUUCUACCAGUAGAAAAAAAAAAAGAAAAAAAAAAACCUCCUCUGUGGUGUUGUCUGGUGUACUGCUUAAUGUACAGUAGCUUGUUAAUAUUGCAAUCGCGUUGUUUCUUUUUUCAAUGGAAAGUACUCACUGGUGAGAUUUUUAAAGUGGUUUUAAAAGCCAAUAAACUUUUUUAAAGAAUGUU